CCCUAGGCUUUAUAGAAUCUACAUAAAAAAAAAAUCAAACUGUGUACCGCGUUCUAAUAACUGAGAAUAAUGGUGCGCAUGGUAACUAUCAGCCGAAGGGAGAAUUGAAUUCUCGGAGAGAUUCUUCGAUCAGGGGGCCUUUUUACCUUAUAUACGAUGACAUGGUAAAGCCAAAAUCUCUUGUUCGCAUUUUUAGUCAGUUGUCUUUCUCAAUCUUCUCUCCGUAUAGUCGAUGAUCCUACUAGCUUUAAUCGGCUAAAAAAUGCAAGAUCAAGCUGAAAUCCGCAAUCUUCCGAUCGAUAUUGCUUUCUCUCGUCUUGGAGAAUGGCUCGUCGAUAGAAAGAAGAUUCCGGGAGAUUGGCGUAAACGGCUGAGCUCGAAUCAUAAACAGAUUUCAUCUUCCUUUGCAUCGCUGCCUAAGGAUUUAGAUACCUAUUUCCAAACCCUAGAUUCAGAUUCAAUUGGAUACUUGGAAGCAAAGAAAAUAUACGAGAUACUGCUAAGAUCAACACCGCAAACACGGAAUAUAUUUGGUCGACUAUCUGGUUCUGCUGGCGAAUGGGAGUCCAUAGUGCGAGCUUUUGAAAAAGACUAUAUUUUUCUUGGGGAAGCUGCUCAAAUUAUGGUUCAAAACGUCAAUUAUGAGAUCCCUUAUCAGAAAAAGCAGGUACAGAAAGUUCGGCAACAACUAGCAGAUUUGGAACGCAAAGAAGCCGAUAUUAAAAGAACUGCAAAUAUAUCUGCGGCAAAGUAUGCAGAUGCUUGUCAAGAGCUUGGAUUGCAGGGGAUAAAUGUGAGAAUGGAACUUGUUGAGACUGCAAAGUCUCUUCCAGCCACAUUCAGGAAGAUCUUGGAAGUUUUGAAUGAUGACUCUGUCUUGCAAGCUAUCGAAUAUUACAAGAAUUUUGUGGCAGUUGCUCAUACAGAAAAAGAGAAAACAGCAGGUGUUGUGCUGCCAAAUUUGACGAACCUUUAUGCAAACCCUCCUUCUCUUAACAUUUCUGUGCGUCACGAGGCUUUAGCAUCCUCUGAGGUUUCGUCCAAAACAAAAUCAUCUUACUCUGUGGAUGGAAACCAAUUAUGUGAUGUUGAUGUGUCUAUGGAUCAAAUUGACUGGGAUGUUUCAGUGGAGACCUCUCAGAUUGACUGGGAUAUUGGUACUGUUGAGGAGACAGAGGUGUCUAUUGGUGAGGUUGGUAAAGAUGAAAUACCGAACGCAACUGAUGAACUGCAGGUGCAGGUCAUGGAUAAGGCCAUUCCCCCUGAAAAUAAAUUGCCAAAGAUAUUGGAUGAAGACACUGGUUUACAGAAUUCUAAUGAAGAAAUAUGUUGGGAUAUAAGCAUUGAAAAUUCUUCAAUGGAUAUACUUGAAGAAGCUGCAGUUCAAGAUGUUCCCUCUGAUGAUCAGUUUGAUGUAAAUAUGUUGGCAUCAUCAGAGGGUGAUGCGGAAGAAAGAAGCCAGAUUUUGGAUACAGAGUAUAGAAAUAAGCUUUUGGAUGAUUUAUUUGAGGUUAAAUGUUUCCUGAGUCAAAGGUUGUUCGAGAUGAAGAGUGAAGAGACUUCAUCUUUGCAACAUCAUGUUCAGGCAGUUUGCCCUUUUGUAUUACAGCAGUAUACAGUUGAUGCCAUUCAGUUAAUGUCAUCUCGGAUUUCCUCGGCAAUUUCAAUGCUUACCAACAGAAAGAUGCAAGAUUUGAUCAUGAUCCUCAACUCGAAAAGAUUCCUAGACAGAUUAGUGUCCAUGUUGGAACAAAGGAAGAGCCAUGAAGUGAAGCUGAAAGAGAGCUUAAAGGAUUUGUCAGCUAGACGUAUGGAGCUGAACAACAUGCUUUCUUUGUCAUGGCCCAAGCAGGAAGCAAUGCUGUUGAAAACCAGGGAGUUGAAGAAACUGUGUGAAACAACGCUGUCAUCCAUGUUUGAUGGAAGGCCUGUUAAUAUCAUUGGAGAAAUCAACACCAUAUUGAGUAGCAUCUGAACUGUCGACCGAUCAGGACUCGAGACUGAUUCGAAAUUUGGAAUAAAGUGGAACGAUUUGAUUAAGACUAAUUGGAAAUUUGGCAAACCUCCUUGAGGAUUGAAAAAUCUAGAUAACAGCAGGGAUCAACACCAUGACCUAGUGUUUUGGUUCUCGUACAAAUCAGCAGGCUUCAGAUUCGACUCUCAGCUUCACUUUCCAAAGCAACCGUCACAUUAGAAAUUUUCAGCUGAAAUCCAAAAUUGAAGUUUUGAUUUUAUCUUAUUUUGCUGGAAAAUGGAUGCAACUCAUAAAGUUCAAGUUAAUAUGUUGAAAUCCAGGAACAUGAUUCAUUUAGAUGAUGUCUCAGUAUCUUUGGUUGAAUGAAGGGAUGGAUGUCAUUUAGAUGAUGUCUUACUUACUGAUCGUUUGGUUGAAUGAAGGGAUAUAUGGUACCUGCUCA